AUGCGCCCUUACACCAACAAGAACCCCCCCCCGCUCUGGCUCACUCUCUACCACCUAGUCACCCGCCUCCCUGACUCUCUGCGUGCAGUCAGGGAUUCCUUCCUAGCUCGCUGCCCUACUGAGCUCACCAUUGCCCUCCUCGAGAAGGAACUACUUGCAGCUGAGGCUAGCAUAGUCGCUGUAGGUGCCUCUCGUGGCGACCCCCGCACCCCGUUCUUUGAGGGGUGUUCUCCUUCCCCCCUUCUUCCCUCUGUCGCCUCUGCUGCUGCUGUCGACCUCGUUGGUGCUGAGAAGGUCGGGACUGCGUCUGCUUCGAGCGGACGCCGCAGCGGCAAGGGCAAAGGGGGCAAGGGAGGCGGAGGUGACGGCGGGGGAGGGGGUGGUGGGGGCGGUGGCGGCGGUGGGGGUGGUGGCGGGGCUGGAGGGGCGAGUGGCAGCGGUGGGGGUGGUGGCGGCAGCGGCGGGGGAGGUGGCAAGGGCGGGGCCGGUGGUGGGGGUGGCGGUGGACGCGGCGGCGGCAGGGGUUGGGGUGGUCGAGGAGGUGGGGGCGGAGGUGGUGGUCGUGGAGGCGCUGGCGGUGGCCAGAGCCAGCAGCACACUCCGUCGCCCCAGGAGGUCCGUGAGUGGUACUCUCAGCACGGGGGGGGGGGUGGCUUUAGCUGCACGUACGUCAUUCGCACUGGUGACCGCACUGGUCAGCCGUGUGGGGGACCACACGCCACGCAGCGCUGCUUCGCUCGCCUCAACGACGCUUGGCGUGUUCAGUUCCCUCAGGCCACUGAGCUGCCCCGCUGGAUUGAUCUCCUGAAGAAGGGGAUUGAUAUCUAUGCUCUAGACUUUGAUGCUAUUCUCACUGCCAUGUAUGUGAUGUCUACUAGUGGAGAGGGUGCUGAGUACCUGUGUGUUCCGCCCGACCCGGGCAUUAGGACCAGUGCGUCUGCCGCUUCAGGUCCUCGCGUGUCUGCUACCUCAGGUGCUGGUGAGGCUGCUGCUCUAGGUGCCAGUGCGUCUGCCGCCCCUGGUACUGAGUCGACUGAGGCACUACACACCUUCACACUGGACUCAGGUGCUUCUCGCUGCUUCUUUCGUGACCGCACUGUCCUUGAGCCGCUUGCUCGGCCAGUUGCUGUCUCCCUCGCUGACCCCUCUGGGGGCCCGGUCGUUGCGACCUCCUCCACUGUCCUUCCCUGUCCUGCGGUCCCGACGCGGGUGUUCACCAGUUCACCCCUGCCUACGAGCGCGUGA